GGUGGGGGGUGCUGUGUCCUGUUGGCGGAUAGAGGUGAGGUCCCCAUGACCAGCAUCUUACCAGCAGCCCAAGCGAAGGGCGAAGAAGCCUCCAUAGGUAGACCGAGAGAGAGGGAGAGAGAUCAAAAGUUUGAGGAGGGCAGAUCAAGAGAGAGCACAGGUGAUCAAGAGAGUUCAAGGGAGGGAGGGAUUUAUUAAAGGGGUUCAACCAGAUUGACAGGUGCAGCCAAACUGACCUGGUUCCCAAUCAUUCCGGCUCAGUAUGCUCCAAACCAAGCAGUUUGGGUCAGGUUUGGCAGACGCCAAGAGGUUUACUUGAGCCUAAUUUUGGUUGAACGCAGCCUUACUGUUUUUCCAGAUUGUUGCCGAUCAUUAUUUGCCAGAAUUGAAAGCAAGUGUGGGUAUAGGGAGCGUGUUUCUCAAGAAUUUUGAAUAAUGAACCACUAUGGAAGGAAAUGUGGAUAUGAUUCUCUGAAGUGGGGAUGCCACCCUAAUUAGAAGUUUCUAGCGUGUAAGAUCAGCUACUGCUCUUUUCACAACAAUCACCUCUAGACAUCUCCUCUAUUUUUCAAAGAAAUUUUUACAACUUCUCCAUGUGAUCUGCCAUACAGUACACUUCACCUUAGAAAGAAUUUCACGUAUGGCUGCAUAGCAUUCGAGAAGGAAACAAGACAUAUCUGGUUUAGAAGAUUUGUGAUGGAUCUGGAGAAGACCCAGCUUGUAGCAGGUCUGUGUGUGGGAACAGCAUAUUGGACCAUCUCAAGUAUUUAUUAUGGCAUUGAAUUAGGGUCUGAUGGUUCAGGCUCCUGUAAAGUACUAAUGGACAACAAUAUUGGAGAGUACCACAUGGAUCUUGGUGGCAGCAUUAUCUUGUCAAUGGAUCCUACCGCACCAUCAUUUUUAAAGCAGAAUUUAUCAACAGAAGCACAUGGUAGCUCUGUAUGGUAUUCAUUUACUUGUGAACUGAGUCUAAAAGACUUGGUGAUUGUCUGCUUGCUAAGGUCCUGGAGAAAUGUGCCAGAAUUCGGGGUAAAUGGUUCCCUCGUUCUUCCACUGUUGCCGAGGAUGUGUAUACAAAGCUAACCUUUUUAACCAAGGGAACUCCAGAUUAUAUUGGUUGUUCACUGUAUUCUUUUGUAAACCAUGCAGUGAGUUUUAGCACUGAUCCAAGCUGCUUGAUUGAAUGAUGUUGUUUAUGUUUUAUUUUACAACUGCUGUUAUUGAGUGCUAGAGAUGGUGAAAUUGCCUUUGUUUUCUUCAUU